AUGUCUUCCAACCGCACCUUCAAGCUCAACUCGGGCUACGACAUGCCCGUUGUCGGCCUGGGCACCUGGCAGUCGGGCCCCAACGAGGUCGCCAACGCCGUCGCAACCGCCCUCAAGCUGGGCUACCGGCACAUCGACGCCGCCCCCGUCUACGACAACGAGAACGAAGUGGGCGACGGCAUCCGCGCCUCGGGCGUCGCCCGCAGCGACAUCUUCAUCACCAGCAAGCUAUGGAACACGCACCACAAGCCCGAAGACGUCGAGGAAGCCCUGGACCACUCCCUGAAGGACCUCGGCACCGACUACGUCGACCUCUACCUCGUCCACUGGCCCAUCUCCUUCGUCAAAGGCGCCGACUUCUACCAGCACUUCCCCAUCAACCCGGCCACCGAGGCCGUGCACGUCAUCGACGUGCCCAUUGCCGACACGUGGCGCGCCAUGGAGGCGCUGGUGGCCAAGGGCAAGGUCCGCAGCAUCGGCGUGAGCAACUUCACGCGGGCCGCCAUCGAGGAGCUGCUGCAGACGGCCAAGAUCCCGCCCGCCGUCAACCAGAUCGAGGCGCACCCGUACCUGCAGCAGCCCGCCCUGCUCGAGUGGCAGAAGAGCAAAGGCAUCGUCACCGCCGCCUACUCGCCGCUCGGCAACAACAUCUACAGCCUGCCGCGCGCCGUCGACGAUCCCGUCGUCGUCGACGUGGCCCGCGGCCUGGGCAAGGAGCCCGCCCAGGUGCUGGUGCAGUGGGCCGUGCAGCGCGGCACCAUCGUCGUGCCCAAGAGCGUCACGCCCGCCAGGAUCGAGAGCAAUUUCCAGGACUUUGAGCUGCCCAAGGAGGCGUUUGAUAAGAUCACGGCGCUGGAUCGGAAUCAUAGGUACAACUUCCCCAUCAGGCUGGGUGUCAAUGUCUUUGGCGAGCAUGAUGAAGAGACGUUGAAAAAGGGCGUCUCUGAUUGGGUGGCUGCACAAAGAAAGCUCAAGGCGCAGGCUGCAGCAGCGUAG